UUCAGUUUCGUUUCCGGCAUAUCCCUAUUGGGUACAUCAACUGAAAUCUAUGUCUAUGGUACACAAUAUGCCUUCAUUCUUAUUACACUGGCAUUGUCGGGUGUCAUAUCAUGGUAUGUCUUUUUGCCAGUGUUUUGUAAUCUUCAGCUGACAUCCACCUAUGAGUAUUUUGAAAUGCGUUUCGGCAAAGGAAUUCGCUUGUUCGGUUCCAUACUCUUCUCACUGGGCACGAUAACUUGGUUACCUAUUGUGAUUUAUGUCCCAGCAUUGGCGUUCAAUCAAGUGACUGGGGUCAAUAUCCACAUUAUUACACCUGUGGUGUGUAUGGUCUGCAUAUUCUAUACAUGUGUGGGUGGUCUAAAAGCUGUCGUCUGGACCGAUGUCAUACAAACCGUUAUUAUGGUGGGUGCCAUUAUCUUUGUCAUUGUCAAGGGUACCAUCGAUGUGGGAGGUCUUGGGGUUGUGUUUGAACGAAAUAUGGCAACAGGCAGAAUAGAAAUACCAGAAUUAACCUGGGAUCCUACAACCCGUGUCUCGAUGUUAUCGAUUUUGGUUGGCACCACUCUCUGGUAUACCCAGGUGAAUUGUGGUAAUCAGGUGAUUGUUCAACGUUAUCUCUCUGUACCCUCACUGAAAGAAGCCAAGGUGGCCUGUAUCUAUUUUACUAUUGGUAUUAUUGUUAUCAAUGUUCUGACCAUGUAUAACGGUCUCUUGAUUUUUGCCAAUUAUCAUGAUUGUGAUCCGUUGAGCACCAAAUUGGCUAAGGCCAAAGAUCAAAUGGUCCCGCUGAUGGUUAUGGAAACUUUGAAAACUCUGCCAGGCAUGGCUGGACUAUUUGUGGCUGGUGUAUUUAGUGCGGCGCUUAGUUCCCUAUCGACGGGGUUGAAUUCUUUGGCAGCUGUCUUUUUGGAGGAUUAUAUUAAGCCAUUCAAAAAGACACCUCUCAGUGAGGGUCAGACGGCAUGGAUAAUGCGUUUGACCGUUGUGCUUAUCGGUGUCCUCAGUGUGGCCUUGGUAUUGGUAAUCCAGUUCUUGGGUCACGCUGUUAUCCAGCUGUCGACGACAUUGGCAUCCGUUACUGGUGGCCCUUUGUUGAGCUUGUUUUUAAUGGGUCUCCUUAUGCCGUGGAUUAAUUCAAAGAGUGCCAUUAGCGGUUGUAUUGUGGCCUUUGUUUCCAUGACCUGGAUAUGUGUUAAAUGCCAAAUAGCCUUGGCCACCGGUGAAUUGGUAUAUCCCGAGAAGCCAUUUUCAACAGAGGGAUGUACAUAUGACUUUGAACCCCGGAUGACACCGGCCAACGCCACCUUUGUUGAAACAAGUUCGAAAACAUUCACCCAAUAUAUCUAUCAAAUGUCCUUCUUCUUCUAUGCUGCCUUUGGCUGUUUCAUUUCUAUUACGGUCGCCCAGUUGUCGUCGUACGCAUUCGGUCGUAACGACCCGUCGACAAUGAAUCGCAACCUAUUCCCUCCAUUUGUACGUAAAUUUAUUAAAACGAAAGAAUAUCAGAGUGUCUUCGAUAAGGACGAGGAUGAGACACUGGUCAUGGUGUACGACAUGCCAUUAAAGAGCGACUUAGAAAAGUCCAUAAAGGACGAUGUGGUUCUAUAA